GGUGAUAGCCGAACCAGCAGCGCUAUAUCCAUCUGACCGUCUGGUCCGCCGGUGGUUGCUUCCGAUACAGAGGUGAAGAGGUGAAAUCCUCUACCUCCUCUCCUCGCCUCACGCAUCUUCCUUUUGGAUCCAGUUCGCUUGUUCCGAUCCUUCCUCUCCUCCCAUCGAAAGAUCCGAAUCCGGGGAGCGGGUCCUACUCCACAUUCCUUUAGCGACCUCGUAGCAAUCUGCUGCUAUUUAUUCUUCUCUUCGUUUCACCGGUUUAUCCUACCUACUGUUGGUUAGUCUGUUCUUGGUUCGAGUUUUGUAUAUCUUUUGGGGAAGUGCGUUAGAUUCAUCGAAGGGCUGUCGAUUCCAAAGCGAAUCUGGUGUAUGCGGAGUGGGGAGAAAAUUUAUUGAGAGAUGGGUUUCUUGUGAGCAACUCAUGAUUUUUCGUUGCUUUCUCCUUCCUUUCCUUUGAUUAGAGCCCAGGAGCAACUGCUGGGGAUAUUUAUGACCUAUUUCUUUUGUUCUACUCGAUUCAGCCCUGUUGCUUACUUCUAAAGGCGCCGCCUUUGUGAACUAACUAUAGGAUUUUCUAGGAGAUCUUUCGGUUGCCAUUGUUUUUUUUGUCUUGUUUGAUCCAGUAAGUUUUGCCCAAUUUUUUUUACCGGGAUCAAGAGGAACCAAGAAUUCUUUGAUUAUUUGAUUUCUCUCCCCCAGUGGCCAUGGCCCUGAGUCGAAUCUCCCACUGGAUAUGGCCGGGAAGCAGAACUAGAAGCCGGAGACCACGCGAACUGCCGGCGGGCAGCACGUCCAUGACGAACGGGUUGUUCCCGGACUCUCCUUCCGGUUUCCGGGAGCCGUGCGUCGUCGGGCUCCCGAGCUCUGGCGGCGGCGCGCGGCCGCGGAAGGGCAAGAGCAGGCGUCGCGGUGGCCGCAGGGAGGCGAGGGUGGACAGGGAGCACGACAUGGUCAUCGUGCCGUCCGAUGGCGACGGCGGCGGGUGCCUGUUGGAAUCGGACUCCGACUGCUCCGAUUGGUCCAUCGGCUGGCUCGAGCCGCACGCGCCGGAGCUCCAGAACGACGGGGACUCCGAGGGUAGCUUUGCCGUCCUUGUGCCAUGCUACCGCCGGCCUGGCCUGCCCGACGGCAGGUUCCCUGGUCCCAGUGACGCCGACGGCAGCGUUUCCGAUAACAAGGAUUUUGUAGAACAAUGGCUUUCUUCCCUUCAGAACUGAUGUCUCCUUUUCCAUUCUUUGCUGGCUUCAAUGUAUAUAGUAUUGUUACAUUCGAUCUAAUAUUCCCCAUUUGUAAAAUGUAUCGAUGGAGGAAGAGAUGAAACCCAAAAAAGCAAACGAAGAGGACUAUACAAGAGCAGUGGAAUUUUAAAACAGCAAUGAACGGGUGCAUCAUCCUUCCUGAGGUUAAGGCUAUGAUAUUCUCGCAUGAAAUCAUGGGCACCAUGAUAUGCAAUUGGUAUGAAUAUAAUUGAAGUUACUGACAAUGGAGCAAUGAAUUGCUAGACUAUUUAUCCCACUUGCUUAUAAAUUCUAGAUUCUAGAACUACAUGUAUAUAGCGUCAUGGCUGUUUACAUCAUUGGUAUGAUUGUAUUUUGUUCUGUAUAUACAUGUAUUCGUGAACAUUGGAAACUGAACUCUUAUGAAUUUCACAUAUCUUCUGUAUCCAAA